CAGAAGACACAUUUGAACAUUUGUACAACAGAGAAAAAAAAGCUACGUCCUAUAAAUAUAUAGCAACGAAUAUUCUUCAGUAAAAGCUGUUCUUAAGGUUCAUCUCUCUGUUGAGCCUUUGUCGGAUGAAUAUUCAGACAUGGUUAACUGCCCCCUGGCUUGUGCCACACAAACAGAUUACAGAGAUAAUGAUAAAAGGCUAUUUAGCUGUCUGCUUCACUUCCGCUUACAGAGACAGCGAGAGCCCCUUCACAGCGCACUCCAUCUCACUCUCAACACAGACUGGGUGCGAUGGAGGUGAAGGUGUUUGUGGACGAGGUCCCACGCGUGGUCUGUGGUGUUACAGAGGACACAACCUGCCAAGAAGUGGUCAUAGCGCUGGCUCAGGCUCUGGGCCAGUCCGGACGCUACACAUUACGGGAGAAAUUCAAGGACUUUGAACGAUGCAUGACUCCCAGCGAACACCUCCUGGAGACUCUGGAGAGGUACGGCGAGCAGGCUAAGGAGGUUCAGCUCACCCUCAUCCACAACGGGCCCUCGGUCUGUGAUGAGAUGAGCAGGACCAAAGUAGGCAGGUACCAGCCGUGCCCCCCGCUGAGAAGGAAAGACGCAGGCCCUCGACUGUGGCGGGGCAGCAGCUCACGAAGUCUGCAUCGCCAGAGCCUGCCACCUCUGUCCUGCUCCAGGCAAGAGGCAGAGCGGCAGAAAGAUGACCUGAAGAAACCCAAAAGGAAGUCUCUGACCCUGAUGGAGGAGGCCCGGGAGUGGCUGGAGAGCCUGGGGAAAGGCAACGUCUAUAGCACCGCCUCGGAGAAAGAAGGCAGCAAGAAGGCCGAGAAAAGGAACCGUACCUCUUUGAACGUUUGUCUCAGUGUGGAUAAAGGUACAACAGGUCGGAGCAACAAAGGCAAAGCAAGAGGAAGAGAGAAAACCCCCAAGUCAGACUUAGACCAUCAAACGUCGUGCUGCAUUGGGAAUCAGACAAAAGACAAAGGAAGCAAACACAAGAACAGUCAGGAGGCGAAUCCUGACGACCUGAUGUGUUCAAAGUGUUCUUUAACUGAGGAGGAGAAAAACAGACUGAGAGCCACUAUAAUGCAUCAGCUGAGUUGCUUGCAGGAUUUACAGGCCCAGAUCGCAGCCAUGGACACACAGAUUUCUGAGCUCGAAGAAAAGCAGAGAGCCCACGAAGCUGAGCAGGAAGAGCAACAGAGAAAGGUCGAAGAGGAAAUGGAACAAAUGAGGUUUUGGGAAAAUGAACUAAAGGGAGAGGAAGGUUACGAGAAAGAGUUGCAACGACAGUUCCUGGAGAUGAGGACGAAGGCAGCGGAGUGUAAGGCGCAGCUGGAGGUUUACAUCAGCAAAAAGCACGUCGCUCAUGACAGUUCAAAGGUGGGCGCAAGCGUUGGCGUGAACGCUGCUACCGAGAUCACGACAAAGGAUGCGAAUCAAGGACCCGAUCCAGAGGACGUAAGUGUUGGCAGGCAGCCUCCUCCUCAGGCUCUGGUGCCUCCACAGCAGCUCAAGGAGCGGAGGCUGACCGGACCCACUGAGCUGAGGGAGUGGUGGACACGCUGGUCCGAAGCCCAGAGGUGCCAGUCACAGACCAGAGCCAAGGUGGUUCACCGCUCGGAGCUUACGAUAUAUCUGGGAAGCAGCAGGGUUUAAAUUUGAAUCAUGUCAAAGUAUGUUCUUUGUGUAAUUCAAUAAAAGUCUUAAAAAACGUGGUCAGCAGCCGGGAAACGAGAGAAGAAAUCAGCUGAGGACGUCAAACUGGCUUCGUUUUUACAUGCCACCAGAUGCCAGACAGUUUAACCUUUGAUAGUUUAUAAUGUACAGGACAUAAAACCUAUUUAUACGUAUAUGAAUAACUGUUAUUGACUGUAAAGUUUCCUAAUCACAGUUGAUGUACAUAUUGUAACAACUUUUUCCUGCUCGUUUUUUAUGCCUUGAACCCUUUUACACCAAGUCUCAACACAGACUUGCAGACUGCCAUUGAAUUAAAUACCAAACAGCUUGUGAUUUUCAUAAAACUUUAAUUCAAUUGUUUCAUUCAAGACCAUUAACAAAAGUACAUGAGAACCUCUGUACGUGGUUCAACUGAAACCCGGUGAUCCAAAGUUGAAAUAAUGUUGACUGUAACUUAAUGUGCAGAGGCACAACAGCUCAUCCACCAGUUCUCCAUAACACUGGAAGUGAUGUUGAGUCUUAAUGCAUGUUUUUAAACAGAAUUAUUGUUACAUUACCUUUUUUUCAUUCUUUAAGUUUUUUUUUUAUUAUAUCUGAGAUUCGGACUUUCACUAAGAAAAAGAAAG